CAUAACUCAUCAUUCAUUCAUCCUUCAUCUUCCAUCAUCCAUCAUCCAUCCACUUUCCUCAAUCUUCCAUUCCAGAUCUCUCACCUUCUUCUUCCUCCUUUGUGCCACCUUUUUGUUCCAUGGUUGUUUUUGUGCCUGUAUCAGCUUGAUCUUUUUUGUUUUUUGUUUUCCCUGUUGUAAAGCAUUUCAAUCUCAAAGGAAACAGUUCAGAGAUAUUGCUGUUGGAGCUCAAUGUAUCUUCUAUGAGCGAUCCAUGUUUGGGGUUUAAACAAAUUUUACGCUGGCUGUCGAGGGCUUAACGUAACUGUUCUCCUUUAUUUGGGUUUGAGACUAGCUAUGAGAUUGUAGGUGGAGUGAAGAUGGAUGUGUGUCCACAAAAGAAAGGACAAGAUACAAAAUGAUAGUAUCAAGGAGAUAUUGGCAUGACAGUUAUUGAGGAAAAGAAGAUAGAAACUCAAUUAAGGUGAUUUGGGCACGUGCAAAGAAGUCCACUUGAGGCAUCAAGGAGGAGAGUAGAUGACACGGUUUUUAGCCUUUUGUGAAGUGGUAAAGAGAGAUCUAAAAGGACAUUGGACAAAAUUAUUGAAAGGGAUUUCAUGAUAACUAUUGGCAGCUUCAUUAGUAUCUUUUAAGGCUACAUACUUGAGCUAGGCAAUCACAUUUCCUUGGAUAAUGUUGGGAGGCAACAAUGGAAAUCGCUUGCUUCCUGUUUUCUUGGACGAAACUCAAUUUCGGCAUCAAACUAAUGUGUCAAAUCAGUUGCAGUUGUUUGGAAAUUUACAAGCUGGAUGUAGUGUUGACCCAGUUAAUUACUUUGGAAAUGAGCAUAUCAGCUCCAUGAUUCAGCCUAAUAAACAAAGCAAGGAAAUGGAAGAUAUAUCGAAACAAAGGCUUCAGAUUUCCUUAAACUACAAUGUUCAUCAAGAUGAUGCUGAUCAAUUAGCAAGUAUUCCAAAUCCUAACCCUGUGUCAACAGGAUUGAGGCUUUCAUAUGAUGAUGAUGAGCGUAACUCAUCUGUUACUUCUGCAAGUGGCAGCAUGACUGCCACACCGUCUAUCAUAUUGUCUUUUGGUGACAAUAUCAGAACUGAGCUUGAUAGGCAGCAAGAAGAGUUGGACCAGUAUGUUAAACUUCAGAAGGAACAACUGUCAAAGGGAGUGAGAGACAUGAAGCAAAAGCACGUGGCAGCUCUCCUUACCUCCAUUGAGAAAGGUAUUAACACAAAGCUUAAGGAAAAAGACGUGGAGAUAGAAAACAUGAACCGAAAAAACAGGGAGCUGGCAGAAAGAAUUAAGCAGGUGGCUGUUGAAGCACAAAGCUGGCAUUACAGAGCAAAGUAUAAUGAGUCAGUUGUCAAUACUUUAAGGAACAACCUUCAGCAGGCAAUCUCACAAGGAGCUGAACAAGGGAAGGAAGGGUUUGGAGAGAGUGAGGUUGAUGAUGAUGCCUCAUAUAUAGAUCCUAAUAACUUCCUGAACAUUCCGGCCGCACCUAUAAACUCUACUCACAAGAGCUACCAAGAUAUGGAGAAUCUGACCUGCAGAGCAUGCAAGACAAAGACUGUUUCCAUGUUGUUGAUGCCUUGUAGGCACCUGUGCUUGUGUAAGGAUUGUGAGGGAUUUAUCAAUGUUUGCCCUGUAUGCCAAUUGAUAAAAACUGCUAGUGUUGAGGUAUAUCUGUCUUAACUUACAAUAUUUAAAACAAGAACAGGAUAUAAGUCACAGUUUUCUUUGUGUGAUUUAUCCGCCUGAGUUCUUAAUGAUCAAGUCAAAGUGAUUUUUCUCUAUAAUAAAAAUCGACUAUAUCUAAGGAUAUUAUUUGUC